GGGCGGAAGUGAGGAGCUGCUGCGCGGUGGGGGCCGCCACUUGAUGUAAAGUGGACGAGCGCCGACAUGGCGCGCUCAGAGAGCGUCGCCGCUCCCUUGGCAGUCCUGGUGCUGUUGCUGUGGGGCGUUCCUUGGACUCACGGGCGGCGGAGCGACGUGCGAAUCAUCACGGAUGAGAACUGGAGAAAUAUGCUGGAAGGAGAGUGGAUGAUAGAAUUUUAUGCUCCAUGGUGUCCUGCUUGUCAGAAUCUCCAACCAGAAUGGGAAAGUUUUGCUGAAUGGGGAGAAGAUCUUGAAGUUAAUGUUGCAAAAGUAGAUGUCACAGAACAGCCAGGACUGAGUGGAAGAUUUAUCAUAACUUCUCUUCCUACUAUUUAUCAUUGUAAAGAUGGUGAAUUUAGGCGUUAUCAGGGACCCAGGACCAAGAAGGACUUCAUAAACUUUAUAAGUGAAAAAGAAUGGAAGAAUAUUGAACCUGUUUCAUCAUGGUUUGGUCCAGGUUCUGUUCUGAUGAGCAGUAUGUCGGCACUCUUUCAGCUAUCUAUGUGGAUUAGGACUUGCCAUAACUAUUUUGUAGAAGACCUUGGAUUACCAAUUUGGGGAUCAUACACAGUUUUUGCUCUAGCAACUCUGUUUUCAGGACUAUUAUUAGGACUUUGCAUGAUAUUUAUGGCAGAUUGCCUUUGUCCUUCUAAAAGGCGUAGACCUCAGCCAUACCCUUCCAAAAAAUUGCUUCUGGAAUCUUCUCAACCUUUGAAAAAAGUGGAGGAAGAACAAGAAGCUGAUGAAGAAGAUAUUUCAGAAGAAGAAGCUGAAAAUAAAGAAACAAGUAAAGACUUUGCACAGAGUGCUGUCCGACAGCGUUCUGUGGGUUCUUCGUUGGCCACGGAUAAAUCCUAGUUAAUUUUUAUAAGUAUAUUAGUAUGAUAUUGAUAAAAACAGAAGAUUAUUUCUUUUUGUUUGAAGUGAACUGUGACUUGGCUAUAAAUUUGCAGAGUUCAGUGUAGAUUGUUAUUAGACCCAACAGUCUACUUUCAAAAGUAAAAGUAGCAGUAUCUAAAAUCUUGGAAAUAGAACUUAAGAACAGAAUGGUAGUAUAAAAGAUUCUUUAUAAACAUGUUGGAAAAAUAUGGUGCCAAGCAAUAAGAUUUAUCUGUGUUUGUUUAACAAUGAUCUGUUUAAAGUUUGAAUUGAAAAAUUAAACAUUUCCCAAGUAUUGCAUUGUUGAGGUAUUUAAAGGGAUUACUUUAGAGAAAAGGAUUUCUCAUUUGAUAAUAAUUUUUCUCGGUUUCACUGUGUGAAAAAAAGAACAUUUCCCAUAAAUGGGAGCUUUGCCCUCUGUCUCAAGAAAUAUGUAUUUCAGUGACAACUGUGAUCUUUUUAAGCGAUCCGGUAUAAUUUCUUCAUGUUUCAAUUAUGCAACAAAUAAAAAUUACCUUGAAUUAAUUUUCUGCAUGUGAUAAUGCAUGCUCAUUUGUAGGAUGUGCUCUUUAUUUAAGUUCAUUGUAUUGACUUGAGUCCUGCAAAGACUAUUUGCCUUUUAAAAAAAAGUUUUUCUUUGUUCAAUAUAUGGUUUGUAUUUUUCUACUUAGUAUGGGUUAUAAUUUUUUUACUUAGUUAACAGUAUUGUUUUUCUUUCAGAAGCUUACUGGGGGAAUUCUUUUUUUUUUUUUUUUUUUUUAAGAAAGGAUUAAUUAACAAAACCAUAGGGUAGGAGGGUUACAACUCCACACAAUUCCCACCACACAAUCUCCAUAUCCCACCCCCUCCCCUGAUAACCCUCCCAUUAUCCAUCCCUCUGGGAGCAUGGACCCAGGGUCAUUGUGGGUUGCAGAAGGUAGAAGGUCUGGCUUCUGUAAUUGCUUUCCCUGGGGGAAUUCUUUACUGAUAAUUUAAAAUUUGGCCACUCAUCAAAUUUUAUAUCAUUUUUAUUUCAGUUUUUUGCAAGUGAAACAGAACAGUCUUAGUUUUUAUUUGAUGUUUUGGAAAAGCGUUGGCAUUUUACAUUUUGAAAUUUGCAUUCUACUCAGGUACAAAGGAUCUCAGUUGUUUUCAGUGUAUUUUUAUGCACAGAGUUCUUAACUGGUUUUACAAAGUCAGUGUAUACUUGAUUUAAAAGCAUAACAUGCUUCUGUUUUUAAGAGAAAAACUUCCAUUUCUUACUAUACUAUGUUGUGUGGUAUUUCACAAGUGGUAAUCAGCAUAAUGGUACAUUUAAUAUAUUUUUGUUUCCUAAAGAGAGCACAGUUUUCAACUUAUAGCAAAGAGAAUGGCAGCAGAGGACUAUUAGAUACAAGAAGGUGAAAAAACGUAAAUAUUCAGUGUGAAUAACCAUGUCCAUUAUGUGUGUAACAAUUUCUGUAAUGUUCCCUUUCAUCUUGAAUCUAUUACUAUGUGAAUUCAUUAAACCUACUGUACAUUAUGAUGUAUGUGUAAGACCUCUCCUUAAGAAUAUUAAAUAUUCCAUCAUUGAAGAGUUUAGAUUUGUAAUUUGUGAUGCUUUAGAAAAAAAUUUCUAAGCACAAAAUAAAAUUUUGUAAGCACUUCAUAGAGACAAA